CUUAUUCCGUCGUUUGUGUCCCCGUGACGUCACGCCAGCAACAGUUUAAAUGGCACCUUGUGGUAUGUUGUUGUGAACCCGUAAAUACCCGGUGAAUAUAGGGUGUUCUCGGCGGGAAUAUCUGUGGUAGAGAGUGAGAGUGAGGCGGGGGGCGAGGCAGGGCGCCGCCUGACCAUGGAGGACUGGUGUAGGAGGCUCAUAACACCUUCAAGACGCCAGUAAACUGCGGCAGAGCUCCUUGGCUGCCGCUGCUCGGUAUUCUUAGACACUUUCACGAAGAUGGCUGAAGUAACGCAGAGGUCUAUAAUGCUUAACGUGGAUGUGACGUCAGUAAGCCAGGUCGAGGUGGAAUCGGGUGCGGAUCCACGUAUUUGUUUAGUUGGCAGCCUGGCAGAUGAUGCAGAAACCCUUGAAGCAGCAAAGAAAUUCGAUGUGCCUAUUGUAACUUCAGAAACAGGACAAGAAUAUGUAUCAGACUUCAGUUACUGCACAUAUUUCAUUUUGGCUGAUUUUGAGAGUGACGAAUUUGAGGAGUUAAAUAAAGCUGGUGCUAGAUUACUGGGGAAACCAGCACUGUUAAAAUAUUCUGAGAGUGGGAUGUUAACUUACACCCGUCGUCCUGUCUUCUGUCAUGUCAUGAAAGACAUCAUUAUAGUUUUCACUGGAUUCAGAAAAAAGUCAGAAGUGUCAAGAUUACUGAAGUUAGUCCACUACAUGGGUGGUAGUGUCAAAAAUGAAAUCAAGGAGAACGUGACCCAUCUUCUGGCUUACUCCUCUACUGGUGAAAAGUAUCAGUAUGCAGUUACCUUUAACAUUCCCGUGAUGGGGGAAGACUGGGUCCAUGCUGCGUGGGCUCACCGGGAUGAAGCAGAAGCCAGAGCCGAUAGCGAAGCCAUGGGCAAGUACAAAUUAAAAGUUUUUCAAAACUUGCGUAUCGUGCUAGAAGGUUUUCCUGAGGAAGAGAAGGUGCAAAUGGAGGACUUGGUGCAGCAGAAUGGUGGAAUACUCACAUCUCUCGAUGACCCGCAGGCUACACACGUGGUGUUAGAAGACCAGACGAUGACAGAGAAGCCAGCUGACUGUCCACCACGAGCACAUGUUGUAAAAGCCGAGUGGUUUUGGACUUCAAUACAAAUGGAAGCUUGUCCCGAUGAGAAACUUCAUCUUUUUGAACAAAUGAAUUUAAGCACUCUGAUGAGUCCACGGCAAAUGUUUUCAUCGCCAAGUACUCCAGGUUCAAGAAGUCGUCGGCGUAAACGUCUAAGAGAAACGGUGCAGCAUUUAGCUCAGGAUGACUCGCCCUCCACAUUGCCCUCUGCUCCACCUGCAAGCAAGCGAAGAUCAUCAGUUGGUGAUUUGGCAUAUUUAUCUGCGGAGGGCUCUCUCCUUGACGACACAGUCUCGACACCCAAUAGACUCCUAAGCAGGUGGCAGCUCAGGUCAACCAAGGUCUCGGUCCAUCACCAUCCUCAUUCAUAUGCCUGGUACCUGCAAACCAUGUUGGUCCUGCGGGAAACAUUAUAUCUGCUACCUACAGCUAAUGUUGACCAGACUCCACUUAGUCCUCCACCUGUUGAUCUUCGGCAGCUUUCUGCAAGACAGCGUGUAUUCCAUGAGUUAGUUAAAACCGAAUGCAAUUAUGUUAGUAUUCUAGAUGCAGUAGAAAAGGUCAUUAAGGUUCCACUUGAGAACACCUUACAGCCUGGGGGACCCAUGUUAGAUGCGCAGGAACUCAGAUAUAUAUUUGGUAACUUGCCACCAAUUCACGAGGUUCACACAAGAAUGCGUAAUGAUCUUCUACACCUUGCUCACAAUUGGACUGAUGAUGCAAGCAUUGGAGAAAUUAUACUUAAAUAUUCCACAGACUUAGAGAAAGCUUAUCCACCUUUCAUUAACUUCUUUGAAAAUAUGAAAGAGAUGUUGCAGAAAAUUUCAACGGAACGACCAAGAUUUCAUGCAUUUCUCAAAAUUGCCCAAAACAAGCCAGAGUGCGGUCGACAGAGCUUACAAGAACUUAUGAUCCGACCAGUUCAGAGAUUACCUUCUAUGAGUUUACUUAUUAAUGAUAUUUUGAAGCACACUGAGAAAAGCACUGCAGACCAUGCGGCUUUAGAGCAAGCUCUAGACAAGAUCAAAUCUGUGAUGACCUUCAUCAAUGAUGAUAAGCGGAAGACUGAAGCUAAAUUGAAACUCUUUGAAAUACACAACGACAUAGAAAUGUGCCCACCAAACCUGGUAGCGUCUCAUCGUAUGUAUAUGAGUAAAGUGGAUGUGACCGAGCUGAGCGACUGUUGUAGUGGCCGUGGCGACACACUCACUCUCUUUCUAUUCAAUGAUGUCCUGGAGAUAUGUAAGAAGAAAAGUAAAUACAACAGCAUUAAAAGUCCUAGUAGAGCCAACCUGCAUUCCUUUAAAACCAUCAAAACCUACAAGCAUCUUGAAAUGAUGAACUUGGCACACAUCAAGAGAAUUGUUGACAUCCGAGAAACUGAAGAUUGUCAUAAUGUAUUUGCCUUAGUUAUCCGAAGUAAUCAGGAACUAAAGGAGCGUCUCUUCACGUUUACCCUAUUACAAGAGGAUACUCCCAAGUCAAGUUUUCUUAAGACGUUAUGUCGAACAGUUGCAAAUAUCGCUUGUAGAAAUGACGUGGAAAAUUUCCUGGUGUCUAUGGAUCCACACCAUCUUGAUAUCGAGACUAGCGAUGUUAGCCUUACCAACGCACUAAGUAAAGCUCUCAGAUUCGCAACACGGACAGGAAGGAAAGUAAGCAGAGCUUUCAGCUUCAAUAAGUCGCCUAGCAAAUUAAAAAGAGCAGUCUCCACAGUAAUGAGUCCUUUUGGUACACUGCCACAACAUUCAUCUAUGAGAGGAGCAACAAGUGUUAAUAAUCUUGCUGAUUUGUCUCUCUCAGGGACCCCUCCCACUGGGGGCUUUGCUCAGCCCAUGGCCACUCCCACUUCCCGCAGACGCCCCCUCAAACACGUAUGAUUCAUCGUGGGAGGUUAAUGUUUAAGCAUCCAUGCUUGAAGUUGAUGCACACUGAGGACUGCACUCCUGACUUUCUCAGUGGAAUAAGGGCACAAUGGAGACCUGGAUAAAGGACUUGGGUAUAAAACUGCCUACUUACUCACUUGGUGUAUCCUGCAUAAACUGGUGAAACUCAAGGAUGCCAGCCAUAAGGUUAUCUUAGUGCUGUGUUAAUAGAUAAUGUAAUGCCAAAUGUACCAUUAGUACAAUACCAGUGCUAUACCAAACAAAUUGUCAGUUUGAGUGAAUGUAUAUUUUUAAAACAAUGUGACUGACAAACAUUUUCAAGUACUGUAGUAACAACUCACUCAUGAUAAUAUUAAUAUUCAUAAUAAUAAAACAUUCAUACUGAAUGUCUUAUUAAACUUAUUUGUAUGUUUGUUUUUCUGGCAAAAAUGUGAAUAUUAAAUUAACUACAAUGAGUACAAAACUUGUAUACUUAAAGUAAUUAGUGCACAAAUUAUGUAGUCUGCAGUUCGAUACCAGGUUCCUCGUAAUGAAAAAUAAUUUUUUGUGAAUAUUGGUGCUGAAAAUCCUUCAUAUAUUGAAGUCUGGGGGUGUCAGCUAUGUAAGAUUGCCAGUAAUAUAAAUCAGCAAUAUUUUUGUAUUACCAAGAAAUUUUGUUUGUUAAGUUUUGAAUUAAAUGGAUAAAGUUUUUUUCUAAUUUGAUAUUGCCUAUUACCUGGAAUAAAGAGUAUUUACGUAACAUCCAAAGGAAGGGCGGUGGAGAACAUAUUGUCCUUACACGUUUCAGUGUGUGUGUAGGGCUCUUGGCAGCUUUCAUUGCUAAAACAUAUGAAAGAAUGGAACAGUGCUGUCUGCUGAAGUUGUACUUUUAUAUUUAUAUAUAAAUACAUAUAUAUACCGGUAUAUAUAUUAUGUACAUUUGAGUUGUGAAUAAGAAUGAUAAGAGCCUUAACUCAAACUAUGCUUAUUUUUUUUAUUUUUUUUUUUAACUUUAAUCUAUUUUUAGGGUUAUUCCAUUUUUAUGCGAGGCGACCCUCAUUCUCUAUACUCAUUAAUUCACUGCAAGUAAAUGGGGCUGGCUGUAAUUCUAAUAUAACCAGUUUAACAUGCAGAUGUCUUAAGCAAGUGUUGUGAGCAGUGCUGAUGUAUAUAUGUUGAAGUGACUUGUGGAGAUGGCCAGCCACUAACAUAUUGGGAGAGAACUUGGUACAUCCCACCUUUCCCUGUGAGCAUGUCUAUGAAUGACAAUGCGAGUCAUACUUAAGUGUACAUUUGAGUAAGCUAUCUUAUCGUUACUUGAAAUAUUAAUUGCUAGCGUUAUUAAUAGAAUUAAACGUUAUGUACAUCUGUAAUGACUAUGGAAUAUGGCAGCUGUUAUUUAAAGUUAACUCAUUGUAAAAACUAAUAAAUAAUUUGGGUUUAUUUGGCAUGGUUGAUGUUUUAUAAAUUCUUUGGGAUAAUGCAACUUGGUUUUUGUUUCAAUGCAGCUUGAACAAUUAUUUAUUAUUAAAAAGAGGCUUCCAAGGCUAAGAUAAUACUGCAGGUUAGCUGUCAUACCACUAUGUCAAAACUAGAUGUCAGACCACCAGUAGAUAUUAUUUGAUGUGGAAUGGUUGACAUUACAGGUGCCUUGUUAUUUGUGUACAUGGAAACUUCAAUAUUUGUAUAUUCUACAGCCUUUUGGUAAGAUGUAUGACAUUUUGCAUUUCUGUAAUAUAAAGUAAGUUACUUUGAUGCCUUCCAAAACAAAACAUAAAGUAUUGUGUUAGCAAGAACUUUAAAAUGUUUAAUAAUCUGGGGAGGUAAAAGUCCAUUUACAUGUUUAUUGAUACCUUGUUUUUUCUGGGUCCCAUCCAUCCCCCCAUCUCCUCCAUCUAUGAAGGGGCAGCCACAUAUAUAUAUCAUCUUGCCCAAACAUUUCCAAUGCCUUAUAAAUGUCAAAUCUUUUAAAAGAACUCUCAAAAAUGUUUGGCCAACAAUUCUACCUAGUGGUUUGACUAUUAUAUAUCUGAAGCAAUUGACUCUUGCCCUGUAACAAAUUUCACACCACUUGCUCAAAAGCCACAGUAAUUACCACAUUUCUGAGCAUUUCUGAGUGUUUAGUGUUACAAUAUCAGACUUGAAUGUUUGUAUUACGCAUACUCGGUUACAUUUUUUUGGUGAAUUAUGACACUUUUGAGCAUCUUUUUAUGUAUUGCUCUAAAUUAUUGAAAGUAUUAUGUGCUCUUUUUAACCAUACGUGGAUAUUAUAACAUUUAAGAUCAGGUAAGCUGUAUUUUCGUUAUGUGGUGUCCAUUGCAUCUAUUUUCUUAUUUUCGUUUUGUAUUUUAUCCCAUCUCUGUCCUUUGUGCUAGGACUCUUAGUACAGAAUUUGACCAGUGUUCCUCUUGAUUAUCUGUCACAAAUCUUUCCAGUCAUCAUCAUUUGUUUUCUGUCAUUGCAUUUAAAUAUUAUGAUAGAAGCAUAAUUGAUAAGGCUCCUAGUCGCUUUGCACAUAGAUCAUUUUCUUCUUUAGGUCUCUUUUUUUCGGAGGCAAAUUUGGCAAUUGGUACAUUCUACAUAAGCCCAAUUUCACCAUAUUUCCCAUUUAUAAACUAGUAAUGAUAACGGUAUAAAUUGUAAAUAAUCUCCCAUAUCUUGAGUCGUCUUUGUUGCCGAGAUAAGACAUCAGAGAGUAUCACUUGCCUAAGAUGUCUCUGAAAACUGUCACUGAAUUCAUCAUUGUACAUCAUCAUUUUCCUGUGGGCAGCAGAUGUAAAUUUUCAACUGGUUGCAGAUAUAUAUAUAUAUACAUAAAGAUUUACCUCUUCAAAAUAUCCUUCUUAAUUUGAAUAAUAUUAACUUUCAGUGUUCCUAAUGCUUUACAAUUUAUUUCAUUGCAUAUCUUUAAGAUGGAGGAAGUGUCUUGUGCUGUAUAUGAAAGUGGCUUCUAAGGUAGCUCUCGGAGAUUAAAAAAUACACUUUGGUUAAUCUGUAUAAAUUCUCAGAUUGGCUUUUGAUUUACCAGCCAAAGCAUUUUAAAUGUUGCAUUUUUUAUAGAAAAAGUGGUUAUGGCUUUUGUUAAAUAUUAUUAGCAAAUAGAUAGUUUGCAUAAUGAGUAUACCUUGUAUCUACAGGUAUAUUUGGCCAAAUACCAAGUAUAUACGUACAAAUUUUAAAGCACGUCUUCCUGAAUGAACAAACAUUAACAUAGCGGGCACCAUAUCCAAGAGUAAUGUUAAUUCAACAUUAAUGUUACUCUUGGAUAGUAUGGCCACUGAGCAGUGGGACAGUAUCAUGGACAGUAUUACAAAGUUGAGAAAUCUAGAGAAAGUUUAGGAAUAUUGUUUUUCCCGUUAAUAUACAGUUAAAUAUACAGUAAGUGGUUUCAGUAGCAUUGUUUUUUCAGUAAGCUAUUGAAACUGUGCAGGCGAUGAGUCACAAUAACGUGGCUGAAGUAUGAUGACCAGACCACACACUAGAAGGUGAAGGGACGACGGCGUUUCGGUCUGUCCUGGACCAUUCUCAAGUCGAUUAUGUGUCCAAGCCAUUCUCGCAAUCGACUUGAGAAUGGUCCAGGACAGACUGAAACGUCAUCAUCCCUUCACCUUCUAUUGAAACGGUAUUUGGCACUCAGAUAAAUUCAGUCAGACAAUCCAAUUAUAAAAUUAUUUAAGUAAGAGAAAGACUUUAGACCAAUUAAUUUUACCACAAUUUGCCAGUAAGUUACAGGUAAAAUUUUUAUUCCAUCUUGUAUUUGAGAUACUUGGAGAGAGAAGUGCAGCAAGUCAGGCAAUCCUUUGCAAGCGUUCAUUAAUAAGGUACGGCCAGUAAUGCCUAGAACACUGCAUCACAUGCUACCUGAAAGAUUUCAUACCUCGUUGAUGUUUAUUCCGACUCGUUAUGUAAUUAGUGUAUGGUAAUAUGGUGGUUAAUUUUAACAUCCUUUCCAUAUCAUUAAUGAUAUUUUGAUUCAUCUCUGUUGAAAGUUACCUGUAAUUUUGUUUUCUUUGUUAUUAAUAAAUUGGUUGAAUAGUGAGCAUCAUUGGUGUAUUAUCUCUUAAUGUGAUCUUUCAUGAUGAGUGUUCCUAGUUAAGCAGAAUUUGUUCAUAUGCAGCAUACACAACCGAAUUUUUCUUCUCUUGUGAUGAACUUAAAAGACAAAACUUUUAUUUUCAUUACAUAAUAAGAGCUUAACAUAGCUGUCCCAAACAUUCCAAUAUCCUUUAUUUUGAGCAUAUAUAUAUUUUGGUUGCCUAGGAGUGUACCAAAGUGUUCGGAAAUGCAAAAAGUAAGUGUAUCUUCACGAGUCUUCCACACGAGUAUGUAUUAUGAAUGAUACUUAGUUUUUUCCCCUGACUUGAAUAAACAUCUUUUCGAUUAAA